AUGAAGAGAAGAAUACUGCAGCAGAGGGAGAUUCCUAAUGAUGUGGUAAUGGAGGAGAUCCUUGCGAGACUGCCCGCAAAAUCUCUGAUGAGAUUCAAGUGUGUCUCAAAGCUUUGGUCAUCGUUUAUCAGCUCAAGAUAUUUCAGCAACCGUUUUCUCACAGUCCCAACCAGACCUCGUCCUCGGAUUUACAUGUGUUUGCAGAAUAACAAUGACUACCGUGACUCUGUAACACUAUCAUUGGCUCCAGACACUAGUUAUCCUAAUAGCUUUGUGGUUGACCACAAUCUGACCAGCCCUCGGGUGGGAGGCUACGUCUUACAAAAUCUUCAUGGCUUCAUGUGCUACUGCUUUAUGAGAAAGCCGAAGAUCUAUAACCCUGCCACCCGACAACUAGUCACCAUACCUGCCGCCAUCAAAUCCCAAAACAUCAUACCAGCUCCUACAGAAGAAGAAGCCGCCAAAACAUGCAGUUACUAUUUUGGAUAUGACCCAGUUAUGGACCAGUAUAAUGUGCUCUGGUCAACUGGUGUCUACGUGAAACAUUUGGGAGAGAUAAGGUCAGAACAUCUGGUCUUUGUCCUAAAAGCUGGAGGAGAAGGUUCCUGGAAAAAGGCGUCUCCAACUGCACCAGACUUUCUUCCUCACAUUCCGGCCAAAAGAGGAAUGUGUAUUGAUGGGGUUAUAUAUUACAUGGGUUGGACUGAUAGCUAUAAUUUAGCGCUUGUGAGCUUCCACAUUAGAUCCGGAGACUUCAAAAUGAUCCAAGUACCUCGUAGGGACGGAGAUGAAGUGCUUCUAAGGAUGAUGAAUGUGAGUCUUAUAGAGUAUGGUGGCAAAGUAACUAUCAUUGACCAAACCAAUCUUAGGGAAAAGGGUAUGCUUGAUUUAUGGGCCGUGGAAGAUGCUGGGACCAAGAAGAGCUGGUCAAGGAAAACUAUGGUUUUGCAGUCUUCUCAGCUACAUUUGGUUAUUAAUAACAAAACUAUAUACAACAUGAAAGGUACAACUCACAAUAACAAGGUUUUCUUUAUACCAGAGGAUAUGUUUUCUCCCUUUCACAUUCUCUCUUAUGACCUUGGAAGCAAUGAUAUGACAAAGAUCGAAAUAAAAGGAAUACCGGACCACUGGUUUAGUAUUGAUAAAUCGACCAUUAAGGUGAUGUUGAUGGAUCAGAGUGAGAGUGUCGUGUACUUGGAGACUUGA